AUGCGAAAACAGCCUAAAGAAAUUAGCGAAAUUAAGGACUUCUUGCACACGGCGCGCCGGAAGGAUGCGCGAUCGGUGAAGAUCAAGAAGACGGCGGGCGUGACCAAGUUCAAGGUGCGCUGCUCCAAGUACUUGUACACGCUCUGCGUGAAGGACUCCGAUAAGGCGUCCAAGCUCAAGCAGUCGUUGCCCCCGGGACUUCAAGUGAUGGAGGUCGCUUAG